UGUGGCCGCUGUAUUGUUUUGAUUAGUGAAAAUCAUUUUUGACAAGCACAGCUACGGAUUACGUUAUCUAAGAUCUCCCCUGUAGUCGUAGAAGUCAUGGAUGAGCAGACAGGCUCUCCGGGGGCCAAUACCGACAACAACAGCCAGAGAAAUGGAGAUGAGAAGCCCCGACGUGGCAGCUGGACCAAGGGGAGGAAGAGAAAGAAGCCAAUGAAGGACAGCAAUGCACCCAAGGCCCCCCUAACAGGCUACGUUCGCUUCAUGAACGACAGACGGGAGCAGCUACGGGCAGAGCGUCCAGACGUGCCCUUUCCGGAGAUUACAAGGAUGCUGGGCAACGAGUGGAGCAAGCUGCCCCCCGAGGAGAAGCAGCGAUACUUGGAUGAGGCAGAGCGAGAUAAGGAGCGCUACAUGCGAGAGCUGGAGAAGUACCAGAAGACAGAGGCCUACAAACAUUUCACCAGGAAGGUCCAGGAGAAGCAGAAGGGCAAGCGGCACAGGGGAGAUGUUGGGCACCAGGUAGCCAACGAGGCUCUUCACGAGAAGGAUGCGGAAGGGAAGGACAGAACUGUGUUUGACAUACCAAUCUUCACAGAGGAGUUUCUCAACCACAGCAAAGCACGUGAAGCUGAGAUGCGGCAGCUGCGUAAGACCAACAUGGAGUAUGAGGAGCGUAACGCAGCGCUGCAGAAACAUGUGGAGAGCAUGCGCGGCGCAGUUGAGAGGCUGGAAGGCGACGUGAUGCAAGAGAGGGGACGCAACGGGCUCCUCCACCAACACCUGGAGACCCUGCGGCAGGCGCUCACCUCCAGCUUCUCCUCCGUACCUCUGCCAGCUAGUGGAGAGACGCCCACUCUUGACACCAUCGACUCCUACAUGAAGAAGCUCCACAGCAUCAUUGUCAGCAGCCCCCAAGAACAUGAGAAUCUCAUCAACACUGUGAGGGACGUGGUCAACCGUUUGGACAGAUAAUUGGACCAAGUCCCACUGAUUUGAUGGAUUGAGAUUCACAGCAGCGUUCAGUAGAGGCUGCGCCUUGACGGUGAAUCUUCCUCUCGAUCUGUCAUCCCAAUUGAUUUUAAAACCUCCUUUAUUGCUCCACUAAGGUGAUGUAGGUGAAGGUGAUGUAGCGUCUCAUAUUUAUUUAUUAUUGUUUUACUUUUUUUUUUAACUUUGUUCAUACUUUAUUAAUAUAGCUGUAGUUUGUUUUUAUGCAGUAAUCAAAUGGUAGGGCAUGAAACAGUUUCCUGUUCCUCCUGUUCUGCCUUCACCGUCCAUUUGUUAAAAAAAAAAAAAAAAAAAAAAUUGCUUCCACAACAUAUCUAAAGCAUUAUCAAACAUGUUCUGAUCGAUGAAAAAUGUCAGUGGCUUUGUAUUUACCAUAUCCAAGAAAUAUAGUUGAGCAGACUUUUUUUCGUACUCAGUUGAAGAAAAAUGUGCCAUUUUUUUUCCAGUGAAAAAGUGUGUUUUCAAUAAACGUGUUUACAUCA